AUGGCUGCUAUAAUAGCACAUGGUUUUGUUCAAAUAUGGAACAUGGAUACUGGGAUGUCUAAAUUGAAAGAAGCAUUUAUUGAAACAGUGGAAAGAAAGAAGAAAGCUAGAUUGGUGAUUCGUUUCAGCACUGGAGAAUAUACAACUUUUCAGCUAGGUAAUAAUAUUAAAAACAUAGUCUUUAGAUCCUAUGGAGAAAAUCAAAAUUACCUGCAUUUAACUUUCCAAAAUACUAGCUUCUUGUUUAUUAGAAAAUUAUCCUCUAGAGAUGCUAAAAAUUUGACAAUGUUCUUAGAUAGAGUCCAUCAAAAUAAUCUUCAGUCACCCUUCAGAACUGAUAUGGGUGGAAGUGUCUUCUCCAGAACAAAAACACAGAAGAAAAUCAAUAAAACUUUAUUUGACAAAAUCUAUCAGAAGUUAGUAAGUGGAUUUUUUGAGCUAAGAGAAGGAAGUGGAACACCUGACCUUCAGAAGUUGCUUUUGGAUACAUCAAAAUUAUCACUGCUUACUUUCAACGAGUUAUUAAAAGAGGGAUCGAGGAAGAGGAAAAGGAUGGCAUCAUCUGAUUCAGAUAUAUGUGGGAAAUCUCAGGAAGAGAAUAAAUCUGUAAGAAACAAGAAAUCCAAGACAAAUCCCUUGAAGUAUGUAACUGAUGAUGAGAAGGAAGAAAUGUGGUUGAAAGAGUUAAAAGAAAGUAAGAAAUUGGAUUAUUUAUUCGAGACCAAUCCUACUGGAAACCCUUACCUAGAUGGCACUUAUUUUCUUCAAACUCUCGCUGAGAAAAUAUAUAUGAUACUUCUAUUGAAAUCAUUAUGUAGUGAGGAUGAUCCAGAGUGGGAGAAACUCAAGAUGACCUUUGACUUUUACCCAGAGAAACUAUGUCAAGGCCUCCCCAAUUUGGGAAACACCUGUUACAUGAAUGCAGUUUUACAGUCCCUAUUUUCUAUUCCACCUUUUGCUUAUGAUUUACUCUAUCAGGGUUCCCCAUGGAGUGAAAUCCCUCUUGAUGCUCUUAGUUUGUGCCUAUCACAUUUGCUUGUUUUGAAAGACAUUUAUAGCGUAAAAACCAAGGAGAGAUUACUUAUCAAUAUUAAAAAUGCCAUUUCAACAGUUGCAGAGAUGUUCUCUGACAACACACAGAAUGAUGCUCAUGAGUUUUUAGGUCACUGUUUAGAUCAGAUGAAAGGCAACAUGGAAAAAUUAAAUACAAUUUGGAAGACUAAAAUUGAAUCUGAGGAAGAAAAUUCACCCCAACAGUUUUUUGCUGACAAUGAUGUCACCAAAAGGCUUGUUUGUCCUGUCACCACUAAUUUUGAGGUUGAGUUGCUGCACUCUAUUACUUGUAAAGCCUGUGGUCAGGUUGUUCUCAAGACAGAAGUUAAUAAUUAUCUCUCCAUCAACCUUCCCCAAGGAAAAAAAACACAUCCUUUGUCUAUUCAAUCUACUUUUGAUCUUUUCUUUGGAGCAGAAGAGCUUGAGUAUAAAUGUGGGAAGUGUAACCACAAGACUUCUGUUUCAAUGCACAAAUUCAGUAGGCUACCCAGGGUCCUCAUUAUUCAUCUGAAACGCUAUAGUUUUAAUAAGUUCUGGUCGUUAAGGAAGGAUGACCAGGAAGUCAUUAUUUCUAAAUAUUUGAAGGUGUCUUCUCAUUGCACUGAAAGUACCAAACCACCUUUUCCCUUAAACAAAAAUGUACAUAUUAGGGAUUUCCAUUUGUUAAAAUUCUUUCAUAACAUUAAUUUUGAAAUCCUUAAGUCAUUGACACCUUCAACAAAAUUGACCUCAAAAUCCAAGGAUUGCUUGGCUCCACACAUUGAAUCAGACAAAGAGUCUGAACCACAAAAGGACCAGAUUUUUGGGUUAAGCAAAGAACAGAAGCAAAACAACCUGGGAAAACACUCUAAACUGACUACAGCAGAGUCCCUCUUGGUAAACUCAGGAUAUGGCACAGCCAUUGAAAAAGAGCUAUUAGUUCCAGGCUUAAUGAGGAAUCUGGAAAAUACCAACCUUUCUGUGGUCCAUGAAGAUGAAGGUAAACCCACCAGUGGCCCAGACACAUCUGCAGAAGUUCAUCUUCAAGAAGUCCCUAGAAAUCCAAAACGAAAGAAAUAUGAGAAAUCCAGUAUGUUUGCAGCUGUUGAUAGUGUCACGGAGACUACUGAAGAUUUUUCUGAAGAUGAGAAAAACAAAAUUUCAGAAGAGUUCUCAAAUGUGCCUGGACAGACUCCACAGUGUGAAAAGCUGAAAAUCUAUGAAGAAGCCCUUUGGCAGGCACUGCUUCAAAGCCUUCCGAAGACAGAUGCCCAGUGCCACACAGAUAACCUUACAAGACCUACAGAAUUAAGUCUCCAGGAGGCCAAUGAGAAUUCCCACGGUGCAUCGAGUUCCAAUAAAAACCUGGGACACAAAGACUUUUUAGCUAAGAAGAUGACAGAAGCUAAAGCCAAGAAACCAAAUCCCAAGAUAAGAGAUCAUUAUGCUUAUAGGCUCAUUGGUGUUAUUAGCCAUCUUGGUAAUACCCUACAUUCAGGCCAUUAUAUCAGUGAUGCCUAUGACUUUGAGAGGAAAGUCUGGUUCAAUUAUAAUGAUAUGCAGGUAUCAAGUAUCCAGGAAGAUUUGAUGCAGGAGGCUAGGCUUCGCACUGGGUACAUCUUCUUUUACAUGCACAAUAAGAUUUUUGAAGAGCUGUUAGGAAGGGAAGAGAACUCCCAGCCUCAUAGCACAAAGGCAGGGGAAAACCAUCAGAAAGAAUAA